AUGAAGCCCAUCUCUCUCUUGACAGCCAUCAUUCCCCUCCUCCCCUUCACCGAAGCCCUCGUUGGCCUAGAUUGGAGCGCGUCCAACAUCCCAUCCACGGGUCUGAAGGAUAUCACAUUCCCCAUCUCCAUUGCCAACGCCCCGCACAAAGAAGGCUUCUACUUCGCCCAGCAAUACGCCUUCAAUGGUGUCUCAGACAUCGGGUACACAGGUCUCCAGCCUCGCCCCGACGCCAACGGCGCCAGCAUCAUCCACGCUGUCUUCUCGAGCUUUAUCCCAGGCAGCACUAGCAACGACGCAAACUGUCACGAUGGUGCUGACGGUGGUGCGGGCGUCAGCUGCGCUGUCGAGGUUGAAGCAUCUUAUGCAAACACGUACCAUCUUGCCGUGAAGAAUACCCAGGGAACAACCUGGACCGGUACCCUUGUCGACACCACCAGCAACACUGAAACCCAUAUCGGAGAGUACACGCUUCCUUCUGGUACCGGCGGAAUCAAAAAAAGCCAGGUUGGCUUCGUCGAGUAUUAUCCUUGGAACUCGGCUGGCGGACAUACCUGUGACUCUUUGCCGUAUACAAAUGCUACUUUUGGGACGCCUACUUCAACCGAGUCUGGCGUACAGGGAACGGUGAGUAAGCCGUAUGAAUAUGGGGACUGUGUGGGGAAGGUUAGGUUUGAUGUGCAGGAGGUUGAUGGGGGCUACGAGGUUUCUGUUGGGUUCUAG